AUGGCAUCUGACCAAAACUCAACAAAGUCACUCAGGAAACGCAGAAGGGCAUGCGACGCGUGUCAUAAGCGGAAAGUGAGGUGUGACGGAAUCCAACAAGGACAGACGGCUUGCACGUACUGUCUGAAAAGCAAUCGGGAAUGCACCUUUGAGAGCACGCCUCGCAAGUGGCCUCCCUCGAAAAACUACGUAGGAGGGCUCGAAGCCCGUGUGGAACAUCUCGAGCGUCUCUUAGCCAACAUCGCCCCCUGGCCGUCUUCAGGCCACGCGCUCCCAUGGGACGACGCGGGUAACAGCGCAGAGUCACCAGACGAGGACGAUAUUUCCGAAGACGACAAUCGCAACGAAUUCUUCACCAAUAUGCGGUUGCGGGGGUUCGGAGAGCUGCGCAUAGCAGACGAGGACGAUGGGUCCGGCCGCCCCGUCUCAGGAGGGCCGAGCAAGGACUUCUACCCACCGCAAUUCGAGCGCAAGCUACACGAACCCCGGUUCUUCCACGGCAAGACAAGCCACUUCAUGGUCGUACGCCAGCUUAACGAGCUCCUCGCUACUCGUGCACCGGAAGAAAGGCGUCUGUUCCAUAUCCGCCCCGAGUUCACGCGCGUACAUCCGAAUUCCUACUUCGAGGAAUCCGAUGUCAGCGAGAUGAACGUCCAGUGGCCUGAACCGGAUUUGGCCGACCAGCUCAUUCAGGGGUUCUUCGAUAAGUUCAACGCUGGGUUCCCGAUUCUCCAUAGGCCGACGUUCCUCAGGCAAUGGGCCGAUCCGGCCAAUCACACGAAACGCGAGUGGGCAGCUCUAGCCUUUGCCGUCUUCGCCUGUGGGGCUAAGACAAUUGAUGACCCGCGUACCAAGGCCUGGCCUAACGACAAGUACAAGCACUCCGCCGGCCUACCGUACUGGUACGAGAUGCGCAGGAUCGCUUACCCCCCUUACGCCCCGCCCACCCUCUGUCGACUGCAGACGACCGUCCUAGGCGGGCUGGCGAUAAUGGGCACGCCGAUCACGCCCUCUGCUGCGUGGGGACUGAUCGGGCUCGCCAGUCGGUUGGCCCAGGACGCGGGGAUACAUCGGCGCUCUGCUAGAAGACAGAGGGCCGACCCGUUCGAGUACGAGAUGCGCAAGCGCGUGUUUUGGGCGGCGUAUUUUAUGGAUCGGACUAUGGCGAGUUUCCUAGAUCGGCCACUAGCGUUCAGGGAGGAAGACUACGACGUCGAGCUCCCGCUAGAACUGGACGACGAGCAGCUGGACAACCUCCAAUAUGGAAGGAAAGUCGAGGAAGGAGAAGGCUGCCUGCACCUGGCAGCCUGGGUCUACCGACUCCGUCUCCUCCAGAUCUGCUCCCGCGCAUUGUCGACGCUCUACGCCGCACGCAACACCCAGCGUCCAGAUCUGGCAGAAUGGGAAAGAGUCAUCUUGAUCAACCUUAGCUCGGCGCUGAAUAGCUUGAGUGAGAUGCAGCCCGAAAAGCUCAAGUUCGACCCUGAGAAUCCGGAUGACACAGUGUUCUUACACACUGCACUGGUAAAUAUCCAAUAUCAGCUUACGCAGAUUCUUGUCUACCGUCCAUUUCUCCACCCAGCCAAGCUCGCGUUGCACGAAGACGUUCCCUCCUCGGCCGUGUGCUCCGGUGCUGCCCGCGCUCUCGCACACACCAUCAGCGGGUUGUACACUCGUGACUUGCUGAACGGGCGUACCCUCGAAACUGGUCUUUCCUCUUUCUCUGCGGGCACGCUCCUGCUUAUGGACAUGUGGCAGCGUCAGGAGGCCGACAGUAUCGUGGAAGUUGAGAAGUGCCUCGAGGCGCUCACGUACCUCGAGCAGACAUGGCAGAUGGGCGGUAUGGUCAGGGAUAUCCUGACGGGCUUGCUGCAGCUCACGAAAACGGCGAUGUACAGAUCGUCGGGAAAGAGGCGGAAGACGGGCGACAAUGCGGGCUCAGCAGGUUUCGCGGCCGGGGGGAGCGUCCCGCGUGGACCGAGCAUCGCCAGCUCUACAAGCUUAUCAAGCGGACCCAGCAUGACGGACGUGUCUAGCACUCUGUCUACCCCCGCGUACCCUCCUGCCACCCUUCAGCCGGCUCUGCAACCGAUCGUGCAUUCAAUCCAGCAACCCCUGGCGCCCAUGUUCCCCAAAUCCACACAGGUGUCGUUCGACACCACCGCUCUGCCCCAUCAACAGCUCUUCGACCCUAUAGUGCCUAUGCCGCUCGACGCUUCACAAGAACAAGGCCCUGAUUUCCUUACUCAGAUAUUCGCUUCUACCACUGUACCCGUCACGUCCGAUCCGGCAGCAGAACAAUACUCCUUGUUGGGUGAUGAGAUGUUCGACGCUAAUUUUACCGAGUGGUUGUCUGCUAUGCUCGGGGCGAGUCAGCAUGCAACCCCGCCGGACGCAACUGCAAGCUCGGGCGGUAGCGACACUUUUUCCCCGCCUCCGGGGUCUGGCCCUACCCCAGGGCCAGCGACGGCAACUACGGUGGACCAGAUGAACACAGAUGGCGUGCAGAAUAUGUUUCUUAAUACGUAUCAGGGGAACUAUGGAUUGUACUGAGAAAGGUGGAAGGAGAGGGAAAUGGUUCUAGCGUGGACUAAAAUGUGUUCAGCGAGUCAUCAAAUGAUGGCCUGAAGACCGUUGAUCUGGAAGGAUUCAUGUUUCCAUUCUUGUUUGUGUUCGUAUCUAGAUACCGGAAAUGCCCGGUUGUGUCUGUUAGGCUCCUCUUGUAGCUCAU